CGGCAAUACGCGCUCGACCAAGGGAAGGCAUUGACGCGGAGGAAGGUCUCGAGGACGCGGCGCCCCACAAGUCAGGACCGCAAUAGAUCCAAGACUGACCGGGGCAGGGCGCGUCAGUUUCUAGGUUCCGGCCGCGCGAAGCGCGCGCGGUCUCUCUGUGGCCCCCCGGCCGUGCCGCCCCGGUCGCUUGCCGCG